AUGAUGUUUACAGAUGAAAAAAUUUUUAAUCGAAAUGGCUAUUCGAAUUCGAAAAAUGAUGUUGUAUGGGCGAAUAGUAGGUCCGAUGCAGACAUGGACAAUGGCAUUCAUAGAAAAGAAAAAUUUCCUGUUUCAGUUAUGGUUGGAAUGGAUGCUACAUGGAACGGACUGACCACUCCUUACCUUUUUGAAACAGGUGAACAUUUAAAUGGUGCAACGUAUAGUACAAAAUUACUGCCAUUUAACAAGACUGAAGGUGAUCGAUUAUUUGGAGAUCAAAAUUGGUGUUUGCAACAAGAUGGAGCAACUUCUCAUACCAAUCGAUGGCCUCCAAACUCACCAGAAUUAAAUCCAUUAGAUUAUUCAAUCUGGAAUAGUAUUAAUAAGAACAUUAAUUAUCAAAAAGCUCAUACAAAAGAUGAUUUAGAACGAGAAAUUAUGAGAUCUUGGAAAAAAAUUGAUUUGAAUUAUGUACGACAGGUUAUUGGUGCAUUUCUUCGAAGAGUUUAUUCCGUUGAAAAACAUAACAGUCAGCUGAUUAUCGAUGAACAUUCUUGGUACUUAUGA